AUGCUUGACGUAACUGAUAUCAGAAAUCCUUUAGAUACCAAGGCAAUUGAGCAAUACUUGACGAACCUUCCAUCUUCUGCUACUAGGGGCUCGGAGGUACCGGAGUUUAAGGCACCCUUCACUAUCAAGCAAUUCAGGUUUGGCCAGUCGAACCCUACCUACUUGAUUAUAGAUGCAGCAAAUAAACACUACGUGUUGAGGAGAAAGCCUUCUGCUAACAGCAAGCUUGUUUCUCGCUCAGCCCAUGCAAUUGAACGUGAAUUUUUCAUUCUUGAUGGAAUAUACAAGUGCAACAAGUCUGUGCCAGAGGAAAGAGCUGUGCCAGUACCAAAGGUCUACGUGUUAUGUGAAGAUGAGUCUGUGACAGAGGCGGUCUUCUAUGUCAUGGAGUACAUCGAGGGCCGCCCUAUCAAAAGACCUGAUUUGCCAGGUGUACCUGAAUCAGAGAAGGCUAAGUAUUGGGAUGCCAUUAUGACUACCAUAUCUUCCAUUCACUCGCUUGACGGAAACGAGCUUGUGAAGUACCUUCCUGCUAAACACUUUCCACAGUUCCAGCCAGAGAAGCUCACCAAAAGUAAAGGUGGCCCCAGCUAUUUCCAGAGACAGAUCAAGACUCUUAGUGGUGUCGCUCAGUUACAAUCGAAGACGGUGGAUCCCAUUCCAAAUUUCGAGUCACUCAUAAGGUAUACUGCUGAACAUGCCCCAAAGGAUCCUUCUAAGUUGACAUUGAUCCACGGAGAUUGCAAGAUUGACAACUUCUUGUUCCAUCCUACAGAGCCAAAGAUUAUUGCAGUGUUAGAUUGGGAAUUGUGCACUUUUGGGCACCCCCUUUUUGACUUGGCCAAUUUCCUUCAACCGUUUGAAAUGCCAAAUGAGUUAAACAACGCUUUCUUCCGCCCUGACAAGGUCAAUAUGGGAAGAGAAAUCCCCGGCUCAAGGGACGCAGUGUACGAGAAGUUGCGUCUCUACCAAAAGAAGUUGGGUUACCCAUGGAACGAUGAUGUUCCCAGUAACAAUCCAGUGGAUUUGUGGACAUUGGGUGUCAUUUUUGGAAUUUUGAGACUCUGCGUGAUCUCUCAGGGUGUGGCCAUGAGAGUUGCAAAGGGUACCGCAAGCUCUGCGAACGCAGCUGGGUUUUCAAGCUUGUACAUUCUUCUUUCCGAUUUGGCGAUGGAGAUCAUCGACAAGAGCUCUAAGUUGUAG